ACAACUUGAACUCUCAGCUCAGCUCGAUCAGCUAAGAUUCGUAAAACCAGUCUUUUGGCAGCUCUCGUACGAGAUAGAAGAAAGUCACAAAUCGGUGUGUCGUUAGUUAGUGCUGGUGGCGAAUCAAUCCACAUACCCUGGCAACAAGUGAAUUUGAGGUUAAAGGAUUAAAAGUGGAAAGAGGAGAUUGAGUUUGUUUUUUGUUUUAAGUUGUUGGAUAACUUUACAAUUAUGGCUUUGCCAUCGACCAACGGUGAAGUUCUGGCUGAGUUCAACGAUCAGCAACCGCUAGUGUUUUUUGUGAAUGGUAAAAAGGUCAUCGAACCGAACCCGGACCCGGAAUGCACCCUGCUAGUCUAUCUGCGCGACAAGCUGCGCCUGUGCGGCACCAAACUGGGCUGUGCCGAGGGCGGUUGUGGCGCUUGUACGGUGAUGAUCUCGCGGAUCGAUCGCACCGCCGGAACCUGCGGCCGGGUGCACAAUCUGGCGGCCAACGCGUGCCUUACGCCGGUAUGUUCGGUGCAUGGAAUGGCCGUUACGACGGUUGAGGGAAUUGGGAGUACCCGAACGCGACUUCAUCCGGUCCAGGAGCGGUUGGCCAAGGCGCACGGAACGCAGUGUGGGUUCUGUACGCCGGGGAUUGUGAUGUCGAUGUAUGCGUUGUUGCGGAACUCGGCGGUGCCGUCGAUGAAGGAGCUGGAAGUUGCGUUCCAGGGUAAUUUGUGCCGCUGUACGGGGUACAGACCGAUUCUGGAGGGGUACAAGACGUUUACGAAGGAGUUUGGAUGUGCCAUGGGUGACAAGUGCUGCAAGAACCAGAACGGAACUUCGAACGGAUGUGGGGUUGAGGUGGACGAUAAGCUGUUUGACGUUAGCGAGUUCAAGCCGUUUGAUCCGACGCAAGAGCCGAUCUUCCCGCCGGAGUUGAAACUCUCGGAUAGUUUGGACGUGGAAUCGUUGGUGUUCCGAUCGUCCAAGACCUGUUGGUAUCGCCCGACGAAGCUGGACCACUUGCUGACUCUCAAGAAGAAGCACCCCGAUGCGAAGAUCAUCGUGGGAAAUACGGAAGUCGGCGUUGAGGUUAAGUUCAAGCACUUUGAGUAUCCGGUGCUGGUGUAUCCAACGCAGAUCGCUGAGCUGACCCAGUUGGAGCGUGUUGACGGCGGGCUGAAGGUGGGAUCUUCGGUGACGUUGGUGGAGAUGGAACGCGUGAUGAGGGAGGAGAUCGACAAACUUCCCGAGAGUGAGACUCGGCUGUACCGAGCGAUCGUAGACAUGCUGCACUACUUUGCCGGCAAGCAGAUCCGGAACAUGGCUUCAGUCGGGGGCAACAUUAUGACUGGGAGUCCAAUCUCCGAUCUAAAUCCCAUUUUUACCGCGGCCGCGAUCGAGUUGGAAGUGGCGAGCCUGGACGGAGGCGUUCGAAAGGUGCGCAUGGGCGAUGGGUUCUUCACCGGUUACCGGAAGAACGUGAUCCGACCGGAUGAGGUUCUGGUUUCGCUGUUUAUCCCGAAGACGAACCAGGACUUGCAUUUCAUUGCGUACAAGCAAGCGAAGCGUCGGGAUGAUGAUAUUGCCAUUGUGAACGGGGCGUUCCAGGUGCUGUUCAAGCAGGGUACGGACAUUGUGGAGCAGAUCCACUUGGCGUUUGGUGGAAUGGCUCCGACAACGGUGCUGGCGAAGAAGACGGCAGCUGCCUUAGUUGGACAGAAGUGGGACAAGGCGUUGGUUGAGAAGGCGAAUGAUCUUAUGGUGGAAGAACUUCCGCUGAGUCCGAGUGCUCCUGGUGGAAUGAUCCCGUAUCGUCGAUCGUUGACACUGAGCUUGUUCUUUAAGGCGUAUCUUGCCAUCAGUGAGGUGCUCGGAAAGACCGUUGCAGGUCGUGAACCAAUUCAGGAUCGUGAAAAGAGCGGAGCGAAUACCUUCCAUACUUUGGUUCCCAAGAGUGCCCAGCUGUUCGAGAAGGUAGCAAAUGAUCAACCGAUCACGGAUCCCAUUCGACGACCUCAGGUUCACGCUUCAGCGUUUAAGCAAGUCACCGGCGAAGCCGUCUAUUGCGACGACAUACCAAAGUACAGCAACGAGCUUUACCUCGCUUUGGUGAUCAGUUCCAAGGCGCACGCCAAGGUUCUCUCGAUCGAUCCAACUGAAGCACUUGCCAUGGAGGGCGUUCAUCGCUUCUUCUCCGCUGACGAUCUUUGCAGUGAAGGAAACACCUGCGGACCAGUGUUUCACGAUGAGUUUGUGUUCUGGAAAGACGUGGUCACCAGUCAAGGUCAACUGUUGGGUGCGAUCGUAGCCGAGAACCAAUCGAUCGCCCAAAAGGCUGCUCGUAAGGUUAAGAUCGCGUACGAAGAGUUGACGCCGGUUAUUGUUACGAUCGAGGACGCCAUUGCCAAGGGGUCGUACUACCCGGGAUAUCCCAAGUCGAUCGUGCAGGGUGAUAUCGAGCAAGGCUUCAAGCAGGCCUACAAGAUCGUCGAAGGAGACUGCCGGUUGGGAGGACAGGAACACUUUUACCUGGAGACGCAGGCUUGCGUGGCCGUACCAAAGGACUCCGACGAGAUUGAAGUUUUUAGCUCUUCGCAGCAUCCGACGGAGGUUCAGCAGCAUGUCGCAAAGGCGCUGGGAAUUCCGUCUUGCAAGGUCGUUUCGCGGGUGAAGCGUCUCGGGGGUGGUUUUGGAGGUAAGGAAUCGCGGGCAGCUAUGUUGGCGGUUCCCGUUGCGCUGGCAGCUUACAAGCUGCAACGACCGGUUCGUUGUAUGCUGGACCGGGAUGAAGAUAUGGCCAUAACGGGAACGCGUCAUCCGUUCUACUUUACGUACAAGGUCGGAGUGGACAAGGACGGUCGUCUGCUGGCGGCCGACUUCAAGGCGUACAACAACGCUGGCUAUUCGAUGGACUUGUCCUUUUCGGUGCUCGAGCGUGCCAUGUUCCACAUUCAAAACUCGUACAAGGUGCCUAAUCUGCGCGUACAGGGAUGGGUCUGCAAGACAAAUCUACCCUCGAAUACGGCGUUCCGAGGAUUUGGAGGUCCGCAGGGAAUGCUUGCCGCGGAAACUAUGAUGCACCACGUGGCACGAGCGCUUGGCAGGGACUACGUUGAACUGGUCGAGCUGAACCUGUACAAGGAAGGGGACAAGACGCACUACAACGAACCGAUCGAAAACUGCAACGUUAAGAAGUGCUGGGAAGAAGUCAUCAAGUCUUCGCGCUUCCAAGAACGUCGUGCCGAGGUGGAGCAGUUCAACCAGCAGAACCGUUGGCGCAAGCGGGGAAUCAGCUUGGUUCCGACCACGUUCGGUAUCGCCUUCACGGCAGUUCAUCUGAACCAGUCGGGAGCGUUGAUUCACGUGUAUUCCGACGGCGCGGUGUUGUUGUCUCACGGUGGUACUGAGAUGGGACAAGGACUCCAUACCAAGAUGAUUCAGGUGGCGGCAACGACGCUCAAGGUUCCAUUCGAGAAGAUCCACAUUUCCGAGACUUCGACGGAUAAGGUACCGAACACUUCACCAACGGCGGCCAGUGCUGGGUCUGAUUUGAACGGAAUGGCCGUGCUGAAUGCUUGCAAGGUCAUCAACGAAAGGUUGGAACCGUACAAGAAGCAGUUCCCCGAUAAGGAUUGGAAUUUCUGGGUCAACAAGGCGUAUUUUGAUCGGGUUUCGCUUUCAGCGACCGGAUUCUAUGCGACCCCUGGAAUCGGGUACGACUUUGGAACCAACUCGGGAAAUCCUUUCAACUACUUUACGUUUGGAGCAUCCGUUUCCGAGGUCGAGAUUGACUGUCUAACCGGAGAUCACCAGGUCAUCCGGACGGACAUCGUGAUGGACCUUGGGUCGAGUCUCAACCCGGCCAUCGACAUUGGCCAAAUCGAGGGUGGAUUCAUGCAAGGGUACGGUCUGUUUACCCUGGAGGAGAUGGUCUACUCUCCAACCGGAACCGUCUACUCUCGCGGCCCGGGAGUUUACAAGAUCCCGGGCUUUGCCGACAUUCCCGGCGAGUUUAACGUGUCUCUGUUGACCGGAGCACCUAACCCGCGUGCGGUUUAUUCGUCAAAGGCCGUCGGAGAGCCACCGGUGUUCCUGGCCUCGUCGACGUUCUUCGCCAUUCGAGAGGCCAUUUCCGCCGCCCGCAAGGAGGAGAACCUGGACGACGACUUUAACCUGGUAUCGCCGGCGACCUCGUCUCGGAUUCGAAUGGCAUGCCAGGACAGCAUUACGAAAAAGUUCGUAGAAGCUGCUCCAGAAACGAUCACGCCAUGGAAUGUUAUGCCAUAAUCGAGAAGUUUAUUGUUUUCUGAACACAGACAUCAACAAUUUUCAAUACGUAAAAAAUAUAAUCAUUGCUUGCGGAACCCGUAGAAUUAUAAAAAUAAAAUUCGUUAAAAAAUUAA